AUGCGUGUCUUCGUCACUGGCGCUACUGGGUUCAUUGGCCAGGCCGUUGUCCAGGAGCUGCUUGAUGCCGGCCAUAGUGUCGUCGGUCUUGCUCGCUCGGAGUCUAAAGCAGAAGAAUUGCGAGCCAAAGGAGUCAAGUCCAUCCUCGGGUCCAUUGAAGACAUUGAAACUCUCAAGCGCGGUGCCUCAGAAUCAGAUGGUGUCAUCCAUCUUGCGUUCAAUCACGAUUUCACCAAAUUUGCCGAGAACGCCAAGGUGGAAUACGACGCCAUCGUGGCCAUUGGUGCGGCCCUUGCAGGAUCCAACCGUCCUUUCGUUAUCGCCUCUGGAACGAUGAUGCUCACCAAGGGUGUUCUGGGCACUGAAGACUCGGAUGCGGACCUCGUAUCCUUCCCGAACCCUCGCGCUCCCAAUGAAGGAGAAAUAACCAAGCUUGCUGCUCAGGGUGUGCGUGCAUCGGCUGUGCGACUAACUCCAACCGUCCAUGGUGACGACGACCACGGGUUCAUCUAUAUGAUCACUCAGAUUGCGCGUGCCAAAGGGGAAUCAGCCUACAUUGGCGACGGACAGAACAAAUGGCCCGCGGUCCACCGCUACGAUGCCGCUCGUCUCUUCCGUCUAGCCCUGGAGAAGGGGGAGCCUGGCGCAAAGUAUCAUGCUGUUGGCGAGCAGGGUAUCCCGAUGAAGGACAUUGCCGAGGCCAUUGGGCAUGAACUUGGUGUCCCAGCCGUGUCGAAGACCUUUGAAGAGGCCCAGGUUCAUUUCAAUGGUUUUAUGGCCUUCGCUGUCAGUGUCGAUAACCCAUCUUCCAGCAAAAAGACCCAGGAGCAGCUUCGAUGGACACCCUCUGAGCGUGGACUUGUGGCUGAUAUCAAGGCCGGGGUUUAUACUAAAUAA